CCCCCAACUCCUCUGGUUUCUUUCCCAUCUCUUCCUCUCCCCGCUCCUUCUUUCCUUCUUCAGGGUGGGUUAGGCUGGAGGAAGAGGAGGGUUAACCACCUCUCUCUCACCCCUCCCCAUGCCUCCUAGGGGCCCUGCAGGCCAGAGCACAGGCACUCUGGGCAGCUGGGUGAAGCCCAUCUGGGCAAGCCUUCCCUGGGUACUGCCUUUCACCAGAGUCCUACAGCAGGCCCAAGCUUCACUUCCAGGCUCCUGUCAGCUUCUCUAACCAGAUUUCUGUUUCCCUUCCUGGGCUGCUGGGAAUCUGGUGAGAGAGAGUCUGUGUCCUGUGAGCCUCACAGAGAGAGAUGUUCAGUGCUUGGGAUCGACGGGAGCAGCCUCCAGAGGAAGGAGCAGCUGCAGGGCUCCAGGGCUUCGGAGUGGACAAGACCUUCCUGUCUUCCCUCAAAGGCAUCCUGCUGGAAACUGAGCUGGCCCUGACCUUCAUCAUCUUCAUUUGCUUCACGGCCUCCAUCUCUGCCUACAUGGCUGCAGCGCUGCUUGAGUUCUUCAUCACACUGGCCUUCCUCUUCCUCUACGCCACGCAGUACUACCAGCGCUUCGAUAGGCUUAACUGGCCUUGUCUGGACUUCCUCCGGUGUCUCAGCGCCAUCAUCAUCUUCCUGGUGGUCUCCUUUGCUGCUGUGACCUCGAGGGACGGAGCUGCCAUUGCUGCUUUUGUUUUUGGCAUCAUCCUGGUCUCCGUCUUUGCUUAUGAUGCAUUCAAGAUCUACCGAACUGAGCUGAUGCCCAGGACCACGGAGGGGGACCAGCAGUGAUUCCAGGAUUCCUGGCUUCCACAACCAGACAUAAAGAAUCAUGGAGCCCAUCUUUGUCAUCUUUGAAUUCAUUGAACCCCAAGUGCCCACUAUCUACUCUGUGUCUUCAGAGAUUGUGCUUGCGCUGUCCCAGGGAUCUGUGGAAAGUGGUGAAGUUCUGGGGGUCGGGGCAGGUUGCUGUGCCUCCAAGUCUCUCCAAAAUUAAAAAAAAAAAA